AUGAGCGUGCCCUAUUUCUUCUUCUUUAAUCUGCAGCAAAAAAUAUGGGAUGAUAUGAGGAGAAUGUUUGAUGAGUUAACAGAGCGACUGAAGAGGGAUGAGCCAAGAGUAAAACUUCUCUGCGAAAAUAUAGAUACAAGGGGAAAUACAAAUGCAACAAUAAAGAAGGAAUUAUGCAAAGCUUUACUACGAAUAAUUUACUUCAUAAAUGGAUUUAAGCCUGGGAACCGAAUAAAUCAAGGGUGGAAAGUAAAAGAAGCAUUGGACGUGGAGAAAUACUUGAGGUGUGUAGUGGGCAAUGUGACUAUCAUGCAAUUAUUCGGUGGACACUGUAGAAUGAAGGAAGUGAGUCAGUAUGUAAAGCUAAAUAUAGAGGAAACCAGCAAUGUGUACAAUAUUGAAGGAGUACAUGAAAAUUGCCAGUCAGUACCAUUGGAUGAGUUAAUAUUAGGCAAACGCCUUGUUGCCGCGGAAAUGAAGCCGUGGAUCGAGGAUAUUGCUGGUAAAAUAAAUACUGUAAAGACAAUACGCUCCUAUAACAAGUGCACUAGCAGCACAAACAUAAUAAAGGACCCUGGAGUGACGGUCGAAGGGAGUGAUGAAUUCCUUAGGGACUUAUUAGGAAGGAAGGAGAAAGAAGAGCAGUUGAAGGAACUCCUAGACAAUAAAGAUGCUAUAACAAAGGAAGACAUGAAAAAAAUAGUACAGAAGGUAAAAGAAAUAAAGGAAAUGAAGAGAACACUGGACCCAUGCUACCCGAACGCAGGAAUAGGAUUCGAGGAAGGAGAAGAACUUACUAUUAGUGAGUGGUUCACGUACUUCUUUAAUGAACCAACGGAGGAUGAUGACACGCUUGAUAAAAAGUAUAAAUGGAGUGAGUAUCAGGCAAAUAAGGCUGUAUGCGAGGUGGAAGAAAGUGAUGGUGGAAUUAACGUGAGCAAAUAUGGGAAGUUCUGUGAAAUUAUGUUGAAAAAUGUAAUGAUGGUAACAAAUAAAAAGAAUCAGUAUAAACCGCCAGACAGUAUCAAACCUGAGUGUACGGGAAAGCAUAUCCCAUUAUGUGAUUUAUUAAAAGUAUGGAUAUAUUAUAUGAGUACUGUGUGUGCACCGAAGGAUGUUGCAGAUUAUGUUUUUAAUGCUGUGGAAGCAUUAAGCAAUACAUGGAAUCAGGACGACUAUGCAAAGUGUGAGUACAAAGAAGUUGUAGAUCUUUAUAGGGAAAAUAAAAAUAUGCUGCAUGAAGUACAUAAAUUAUUACAGAGUAGUAUUAAUAAUAAUAAAUUUGGUCCAUUAAGUGAAAGGAAAUGGUGCGAUGAAAAAACAAGAAAAUACCAAACUAACUUAAUAGAACAGAGUCCAAAUGCGCGGAGUGAUAAAGGAGAAAAAAGCUCAAUCGUCAGUCAUAAUAGUGAGGGGACAGGGAUGGAGGACACCAUUAAGAGAAUUAGGGAGCAGAUGGAAGAGGAGGAAGAAGAAUUGAAGAGUGUAAUGGAAGUUGUUGAAGAAGUAGUGAAUAAGGCACCAUCAGGCGAGAAACAAUCCUUACCCCCUCCUCCACCACAACAACUACAAGCUAGUGAAUGUAAAGGUAAAACAUUAUGUGUUCGCGUAGAAUGUGUAGCACAAAAAUGGAAAACUAACAGGAAUCAGCAGAACUUUGUAAGUAUUUACAUUUUCUACAUAAGCCUAACUAUGCAGAAUGGACGUAAUAGUGGGAAUAUAAAUGACAUUUGGGAUGAUAUUAAGAAGGAGGCCACAGAAAUGUUUAAGAAAAUAUCUACAAAUAGCAAAAGUAUGGGAGAUCAAUGUACUGAUAGAAAGCAAACUAGUAAAAUAGUAACUGUCCCAGAGAAGACUGCAUGCCAAUACAUUACAGCAGGAUUAAAAUAUAUUUAUGAAAUUAAGGAAGAACAGAAUGAAGAUCAUGCCAAAGACAACAGAGAGUUCAAGCAAACUAUGUUAUGCAUGGUGCUAAACGCUUAUGCAGAUGAAUUGAAAAAGCAGGUUAAAUCCCCAUGUAAGGUCGAUGAGCAAACAAUAAAUCAAAUAUUUGAUAAAGGAAAUAUAAAGAAAGAUAAAUGGUGUAAGAGUAGUGAUGGUGAUUGUGUUGAAUGUAAAAGGGUACCUGAUCUAGAUUGCACAAUUGGCAAAGACAGUAAUGAAACUAACGUAAAGGACAAAGUGGAUGAAUUGCUCAAACAGGAUGACAACAUAACAACAACUCUGUCUACUAUGAGUUCUCUAAAUAAGAACUUAUGUGAUAGCGCCCAAUGUGUAAUAUCACAAAGGACCAGGGACAAAAGGGAAGCGCAGGGCGGAGGAACGGGCAAACCGAGUGUCAUUUGGGACGAUGGGGACAUGAAUAAAAUAUUGGGAGACCUGUCUAUUGCUAUGGCCAACAGUAACAAGGUGCAUGAUGCAUCCUGUGACAGCAUGGCAAAGAAAGGUGGUGAAUCGGAUGAAGCAAAGAAAUUAGCAUGUAAUCUUAUUACUGCAGGCUUAAAAAAUAUAUACAGUAUUGUGAUGGAUAAGGGGGGAAGCGACUCUCAGGAGAAGAAAGAAAAUAACCAAACAUUUAAACAAACUAUGGCCUGUCUAGCAUUAAAUAUAUUCGCACAUGAUAUGCUGAAAGAAAAAUGCUCUAUCACGGAGGACAAUAUAAAACAAGCAUUUGAAAAAGGGGGAAGUCUUUACAGCACUAUGUGCAACAAUGGUAGUAAUAAGUGCGAAGAAUGUAAGUGGGACACAUGUUCAAAUUUUACCAUUGGAGGAGGGACGAGCCAACGGCCAAAAAUAAAUGAGAAGCUCCAGGAGGAUGACAAAAUAAAGCCAGCUAUGGAAGCAAUAGAGCAAAUAUGUCAAUCUGACCCUAAGAUAGUCAAACCUGCCACAUCACCUGAACCAGCAACCACAUCGCACUCAGAAAGUCAAGGUAGGUCUGAAUCAUCAGGUGAGUCAGAACCAGCAAAGUCUACACCAUUACCAGCAGCACCACCAAUUAACCCGCAUACAGAACCAACAGGUAAGGAAAACAUUAUUCAAACGAAGGAUGGUGUUCGUGUUGGUGAUACUGUGCUUACCUUUGAGGAUACUCCAGUAGAUUCUACGGAUGGUAAAUAUGAGGACGAAGGCAAGUACAGUAAAGGUAUUUAUUCUAUGACAGACAGUGCUGCGAAGACCACUGUUGUUCAAUCUGCUCCUACUACCAUUUUAGUUCCUAUCCCCCCAGGUACAACUCAAGACAGUCAAACUCCAAGUACAGGAACAGACACUCAAACUCCCUCUGCAUCUUCCAGUUCGAGCUCAAGUUCAAGUAGUUCUUCCAGUAUUUCCAGCUCAUCCAGUCUCACCCCUCCUGGAUCGGAUGAUGCUCCUCAAUCUGGUGCAGCUGCUGGUUUAGUACCAGGUGCAGGUGUCCCAGGUGCCCCUUCUGGUCCAGGUGGAGGUGGUUCUCCUGGUUCACCAGGUGCUCCUGCCUCCGUCGGUCCCUCUACUCAACCUUCCCCUGCAAAAUCGGACCCUGCCAGUUCUGGCCUCCCUUCUAGUUUCGAUCCAUUUCAGGGGGCUAGUGCCUCAGGUGGAAGAUUAGGUAGGAAGGGGGGAGGAGGAGGUAAAGAUUCUUUAAAAUCACCCCAGGUUGUAGGAGUAGGGAAUGUGUUGAAGGAAGGGGUUGACCUCCUUACCCCAUACCUUCCUGUAAUCCCUGUCUUCAUUGGUAUUUCUGCUAUGACCUACCUCCUUUGGAAGUAUUUUACCCUCGGUAAGCGAAGACGACGUCAUAGAAGAGAGGAACACUUAACCUCUCCCCCCUUGGAAGAACAACACCUUGCUCAUGUGGACGAUAAGGCAGAUGGUCCACAUGAAUAUACCUUAGUAAAGGAACGAAAACCACCAAGAUCUGUUCCAACGAGAAAGGGAAGGCCAAAAAGGCAUACUGGUCGUCGUGUUGGUCGCCGCACCAUUAUUGAUAUUCAUUUAGAAGUCUUAAACGAAUGUCAAAGGGAAGACCUGCAUUUGACGAAGAAAGACUUUUUUGAAAUUUUGGUUCAAGAAUUUAUGGGUUCUAAGUUAAUAAAAGAAGAAAAUGUCACUAAGGAACAGGUUCCAAGUUCAGUUUCCGGGUUUAGGGAGGAAGACUUUCUUCCUAAGAAAUAUAUUCCUAAGGGGGAUGUUCCUAUGGAACAAGUUCCAAGUUUAGAUUCCGGGUUUAGGGAGGAAGACUUUUUUCCUAAGGAAGAUGCUCCUAAGGAAGAUGCUCCUAAGGAAGAUGCUCCUAAGGAAGAGGUUCCUAAGGAAGGUGUUCCAUGUUCAGAUUCCGGGUUUACGGAGGAAGACCAUAUUGGUACAGAACGUGUUCCUAUGGAACAGGUUCCAUGUUCAGAUUCCUGCUUUAGUGAGGAAGGUUUUGUUCCUAAGGAACAGGUUUCAUGUUCAGAUUCCAGGUUUAGGACGUUAACUGGAGCAUACACGUUUGAGGCAUUUUCAAUUGGUAAGUUAAACGUAGCAACGCUGAAAAGGGUUGCUAACGAGUUGCACCAUAAAAAAAAUGUACCACUUACCAUCUACGACGGCGUCACCAAGGUCGAAGUCAUCUCCAGCAGAAGGAUUCUACAAUUUGAUUCGCAUAGUCCCCAAAAUUAUGAUCUGUCCUUAAUUCAGGAGGAGGAUACAAUUACCUUACCCUCAGAAGAAAUAUAUGCUAAAUUUAAGGAGAAUCAGGAGGACUAUACCAUCUCCCUUGUUCAUAGUGCACUGGAGGAAUUUAGCUCUAAAUGCAGUUGCACUAAAAUAUACCCUGGAAUUAGCGAUGAAAUUUUUAAGCAAGCUAAAAUACUAUAUGACUACUACUAUAACUAUUAUAAACUGCAGGAAAAACCUGAGCAUAAGGAAUCUACCAUAUGUCGAAAGUUAAAGGAAAAAUUGAAAGAAGCUAAGAAAGCAUAUAGUGCAUUGGACGGUACGUGUAACCGUAGCAGUACUACUCCUGAACCUAUAUAUUGUGCAAAAUUUAAUGAAUUAAAGGACGAGUACGACAAAAUAUUACAGUCAGAUUUAGAGUGUAAGGUAGUGCAGAGAGUGGAACCUUCAGAAGUAGCGUCUGAUGGAGAGGAAAACGAAGAAGAGGAAGGGCCAAAGGAAGAAGAUGCCAUAGGUACAAAGGAAGGAGAAGGAGAAGAGGCUACAGAAGGUGAGCAGCCCCAUUUGGGUACGCAAGUGGUGAAAGCUAUUGAAGACCAUCCAGAAGGUCCUCCAGAAGCCACGCAGCAAAUUCCUUAUUCAGGACAAAAAGUUGAAGUACGUAGUCCACAACAUAGUCAUGAACAUGGAAAUGGUCAUCAGAUGGAAACGACUCUCCCUAUCUCUACACCCAGUUCAGAAAGUACAGGAAAUACAACAAAUAUCCCCGCUGCUGCUGUGUCGUCCACAUUAGGCACAUUAGGAAUAGGAGCACUACCAGCACUUGUCUACUUUCUUUAUAAAUACACUUCAUUUUUUUCUAACAUUCGUAACACUUUUAGUGGAAGCAAUAGAAGGAAUAAAAGAUCAACUUUCAGACAAGAAUUAAACACCUUAUCAGAAGACGACGAUGGCAACUCAACAGAAACAUAUUCAACAGGAACAAUUUCCAUCAGGGGCGAUUCUAACACCACAGAACAACUAUGGACCAACCUGAAAAAAAUGUUAGAUGCCAUACCUGGGUAUGUGAUAUAUGAGGAUGGCAUAGUACGGGCGCUAUGUGAUAGGAAUCUAAUGGAAAGCUACUUGGACGAAAGUACACAAUGGAGCCAACCCUUAUGCAAAGCCCUAGUGAAAAUAUUCCUCUGGAUGAAUGGUCGGAAUCAGACAUUGACGAAACAGAGCAAAACAGGACAAAGACAUAGAGAAAUAGAUGAUACAGAACUUAUGUUUCGGUGUAUAGCGGGGAAUGUACUCAUAUGGGCAAUGUUUGGAGAUCAUUGUCAACUGAAGGAUAUGAUUAAUUAUGCAACGGAGGCUGUUAGUGCACAGUUAGGAACAUUUGAUGGUGAUGAGACUGUGAGGAGAUGUGGGGACUAUACUUUUAAAGACCAGAAAGUAGGAACGAAAUUAUUAGGUAACUUAGUAAAGGACUGGUUAAAUGCAAACAAGAAUAAAAUGCAGGACUAUUUGGACGUUUCUAACGAGCAGAAGGAUUUAUGCAAGGAGGAAAAGAGUUGUGCGCAUGGCAAAAAGGAAAAAGACACUGAUGAUAGCAUUCUGCAGACUGUAACAGGGUAUAAUGAGAAUCAGAUGGAGGAAGUAGGGGAAAUUGUUAAAGAGGAUAAAUUUGUGUCAGAAGAAAAUGCAAAGGAAAUAAUACAGAAAAUAGACAAAGAAGAAUUGAAGGAUACUGAUAAAAUUGAGGGAGAGGUGACUAAGAAAAUAGAAGAACAGAAUAAACCCCAACCUCCAUCACCACCAAUUCAAUCAUCUCCAGGUGGUGAUGACUGCACCAUCAAGGAUAAACCCUUAUGUGAACGUGCAACGUGUGUAAUGAAAAAGUAUCAUCAGAACGGAGGACAUAAGGGCGGAGUGAAGUGGAGUGAAAUUCAGAAGGACAUCAAGGAUAGGGCCACAGAAAUGUUUAAGAAAAUACUUGAAGAUAGCGAAAGUAUGGAAAAAACUUGUAAGGGUGAUUCAGAUGAACGUAGUAGAAUAGUUACGGACACAGAGAAAAGAGCAUGCCAAUACAUUACUGCCGGAUUACAGUACAUAUACCAAGUUCAAGAGAAUGAUAGGGACGGAGCACACAAGGCUAAAGACAACAGAGAUUUUAAGCAAACGAUGUUAUGCUUAGUUCUAAACGCUUAUGCAAAUAAGUUGCAGGAGGACGUGAAAUCUCCCUGUACGGUCAGUGAGAAAACAAUAGAACAAGCGUUUGAUAGAGGGAAUAAAAAAAAAGAUUCUUGGUGUGUGGAUAAGGAUAAGAAGAAUAGUGGUCCAUGUAUUGAGUGCAAGAGGGAAGCUAAUCUAGAGUGUGAAGUAGGCAAAGACAAUAACAAUACCAAUGUAAAGGACAAAUUGAAGGACAUGCUCACUACAGAUAAAAAUGUACAAGAAAGUGUGGCUACUAUAAAUACUAUAAAUAAUAAUAACUUAUGUCACAGUGCACAGUGUGUAAUAACACAAAGGACCAGGGACAAAAGGGAUGAGCGCGAUGCGAAGCGCAAAGCGAUGGGCAAACCGAAAAAAAUAAGCAAUGAAGACAGGAUUUGGGAGGGUGCCAUUUGGACAGAUGGGGACAUGCCCGAUUUAUUGAAAAAGUUGUCUGAGGCUAUGACUAAUGGAUACACGAACGAAGAAGAUGCAUGCAAGAGCAUUGUAGAUAAUGGUACUACAUCUCCUGAAGCUAAUAAAAAGGCUUGUCAACUUAUUACUAAAGGAUUAAAGUAUAUAUAUGGUAUUACGGAAGAUCAGCAGGGCACUACUGAUCAGCACAAAAAGAAUAACAGAAUAUUCAAGCAAACUAUGGCCUGUCUAGCAUUAAAUGUAUUCGCACAUGAUAUGCUGAAAGGAAAAUGCAAUAUCACAAAGGAAAACAUAGAACAAGCAUUUGGGAAAGGGGGAAGUCUUUACAGCACUAUGUGCAACAAUGGUAGUAAUAAGUGCGAAGAAUGUAAGUGGGACACAUGUUCAGAGUUUAAAAUUGGAGGAGCGAAGAACCAACGGGAAAAAAUAGAAAAGGAACUCAAGGAAAAUGGUGACAUAAAGAUAACUCUGUCUACUAUAACUAAUUUAUGUAAUCAGAGUAAUACAUCCUCUAAGGCGAGUGACAAAGGGAAACAAGGGCCAUUAUCUCCAGCACCAGCUGCUCCAGCUCCAGCAGAAAAAACUCCUACUAUAAAACAGAACAAUGAUUCCCUUGCUGGAGGUGGAGGCGGUCCUAAUAAUAAACACCAGUCAAGUGAAAAAAGUACGGGGGCCCCAAGUGUUUGUAAUGUUAAUAGUGCUGAAGGUGACAAAAGUAAGGAAAAGCAUGAUACUAAGGAACCAGGAGAACCGGACAAAGCGAAGGAGGUUCCAUGUGUACUACUGUAUUCAAUUAUAUAUAAUACGCCCUCCUUCUUUAUUCACUUUUCAGAAGAACAACUCCUUGAUCGUGUGGAUGACCAGGAUGAUGGUCCACAUGAAUAUACCGUAGUAAAAGAACGUAGACAACCAAGAUCUGCUCCAACGGGAAGAACGAAGAGGUCAAAAGAACAGGGCGUUGGUCGUCGUGGUGUCGGUCACCGCAUGAUUAUUGAUAUUCAUUUAGAAGUCUUAGACGAAUGUCAAAAAGGGGACCUGCAUUCGACGAAGGAGGAAUUUUUUGAAAUUUUGGUUCAAGAAUUUAUGGGACCCCAAUUUAUAAAACAAGAAAAUGUUCCUGAGGAACAGGUUCCAAGUUCAGAUUCUGGGUUUAGGGAAGGAAGACUUUGUCCCUAUGGAAGAUGUUCCAAGUUC